CCCUAUCUGUUAUACUUUACUUAUUUGCAGCCUAAACUCGCUUAGCUGCAGCAUUACAUUCAUUAGAUAGGAUAUUCUACAGCAAUACUAAUGAAUGCAUUCAGUCAUAACAGAUCAACAAUCAUGUUGUCUUACUCAUGGAUCACUUACAUACUCAUAGCCUUACAUGCCUUGCUCGCAGUGGCAGAGGCUUCUAAUACGUCAUCAACAACCGAAGCAGAAGCUCUUAACAGCCUUGGCUGGUGGGGGAAUCAAAUUCCUUUACAUCCAAAAGAAAAUCACUGUAACUGGAGAGGCAUCAACUGCAGUGAAGCUGGAAGGGUGAUUUCUAUAGACCUCGGUUCGGGGGAGUAUCAUAUAGGAGAUGAGCUGGGAAAACUCAAUUUUUCUUCCUUCCCAUUCCUUGAAAGACUUGAUCUUGGUUACUGUGGGCUCGUUGGAAAUGUACAUUAUCAGAUAGGAACGCUUUCGAAUCUAGUUCAUCUCUCCCUCCACAACAACAAUCUGACAGGUAAGUUACCUUCUUCGAUGGCUAACCUUGUUCAACUGAAAAUGCUUGAUCUUUCACAUAACAAUCUGAGUGGCUCUGUCCCUUCUGUAAUAAGUAGCCUCAAGAACCUGCAUUUCAUAGACCUCGCAUUCAAUAAUUUCACAGGGUUCAUUCCUGAAGAACUAGGUAAUUUAAGUAAUUUGGUCAAGUUAUUCCUCCAGAAAAAUAUAUUCACAGGCACAAUCCCAUUGGCUUUAAGCUCCUUGACUAAACUUCAGCACCUUGAUCUUAGUGACAAUCAGCUUAUAGGCGAUAUACCCUUUCAAGAGUCUAACCUAUCUCAGCUGUUACUGCUUGAUGUCUCUAACAACCGUCUCAGUGGCUCCAUACCUGUUUUCAAGACUUGUUACAGUCUGAGGCAUAUAGACCUCUCCAACAAUUUGCUCAUUGGGGAUAUUGGAACAGCUUUCAGCACUUUGACUGAUCUUGAGAUCCUAAACCUUAGUUCAAAUCAGUUGAAUGGCACUGUACCUGUUUUCAAGAAAUGCAGUCUACAUACUUUAGACUUGUCCCACAAUUUGUUGACCGGGCAAAUCCCAAAAGAAUUAGCAUCUUGCCAUGAUUUGAGACAAGUGAGGUUAAGUUAUAACAAUUUGAGUGGAGGCAUACCUGUCGAAUUUCAGACAUUAUAUUCAACAAAAUUUGACCUCUCCCACAAUAGUCUCUCUGGUUCGAUUCCAGAGACUUACAGUCAAGUCCCACCCCCACUUGCCAUUUCACCGAGUGAUGUGUCUGAUGAUGGAUUGAAUGAUAAUCCAGACGGAGAUGAGUCUGAUGGUGGAUUGGUUUACCAUCAAGAUAAGUGGGGCGUGCCUAUACUUUACAUUGCCCUCCCCAGUGCUACGGGUGUUCUCAUCUUAAUACUUGCCUUGGUAUUCAUUUCUAGGUGUGCCCCCAAAGAGAAUCAAAUCAAGAUGAUAGCGAAGUAUAUUCGUGAUAUCAUUUAUAGGCAUGCCCCUAAAGAAAAUCAAAUAAAGAUGAUCGCGAAGAAUGGUGAUAUAUUUUCAGUAUGGAACUAUGAUGGAAAAAUUGCAUAUGAAGACAUCAUAAGAGCAACAAAUAAUUUUGACAUUACAUACUGCAUCGGGACUGGCGGGUAUGGCAGUGUUUAUCAAGCCAGGUUGCCCGCUGGUAAGACUGUGGCACUUAAGAAACUCCAUCGCCUAGAAGCCCAGGAGCCAGCUUUUGACAGAAGUUUUAGGAAUGAGGUCCAAGUGUUGUCAAAUACACGACACAAAAAUAUAGUAAAGCUUUAUGGUUUUUGCUUGCACAAUCGAUGUAUGUUUCUGAUCUAUGAGUAUAUGGAGAAAGGAAGUUUAUUUCACGCCCUUAGGGAUGAUGCUUAUGCUUUGGAGUUAAAUUGGACCAGGAGGGUGAACAUUGCAAAAGGUAUAGCACAUGCAUUAUCUUAUAUUCACCAUGACUGCACACCUUCGAUAGUUCACCGAGACAUAUCAAGUAAUAAUAUAUUAUUGAAUUGUGAAAUGGAGGCAUUUGUCGCCGACUUUGGUGCAGCAAGGUUGCUAGACCCUGAUUCCUCCAAUAAAACUGUAGUUGCAGGCACUUACGGCUAUAUUGCUCCAGAACACGCAUUUACCAUGGUUGUGACUGAAAAAUCUGAUGUGUACAGCUUUGGGGUAGUGGUGCUAGAAACCAUGAUGGGCAGGCAUCCUGGAGACCUCCUCUCAUCAUUUACAACUCCGCAAUCCACUCAAAAUAAAAUGAUAAAUGAUAUUUUGGACAAACGCCUCCCACGUCCAACAAGACAGCAAGAACUAGAAAUAAUUUUAGUUUUGACACAUGCAUUCACAUGUUUGCGCUCUAAUCCUAGAUUUCGACCAUCUAUGAUUUCCAUCUCUCUUGAGUUUUCAAGGACUCGAAAGAUCAUUGGUGAAAGUUCUAUCUAUACAACUCCAAUCGGGCAACACAAUUGAUAUACGGUAGUACUUGAAAGUUGAAAUCAUGAUUGUAACUGACAUGAUUUAUGCACGUUCUACAAUAAUGACAUAUUUAGUAUAGUUUUGUUCAGAGGCAUGUUGAUCCUGUUAUAAAUGGAUAUUUCGUGUUUUUAUUUUCUA